AAUUGCUGCAUUUGCACAUCCAUCUUCUUCUUUCUUCUCCUUUUCGAGGCUCCAAUGUUUCUUCAAUGAAGUAGCUAUUUCUUCGCAAUUCGCAGAAUACCCAAAUGUUGCGCCCGACGUCCCGUCUCUGUCCCUUUUGCGAAGUUCGAUCCAUCCUCAACACCAAGCCGUCGCCCAUACAAUCCCCAUGGCAGCAAUCGCGCCAUUAUGGCCAGCUCCAGAGGCGGAAACCUUCCAGAAUGGAGCUGUCUCCCAAUGUCGGCCGCACUCGAGAUCCGCCUAGGUCGAUGACAGACAGCAAGCCUCCGGAGAAGAAAGCGGUGGACCCGUUCGGCAAUCUCAACCAGAGAGAAGCACGCGUGCAACCUCCUCCACAGCGCAAACGGACCGAACUCGAACACAAGCAGGCCUACAAUGCAAGAGAGCGUGGAUCGUCGAGAAAGAGACCAGAAGCUUUCAAGGCCCUGAAGAUGCAACGGGCGCUGGCACCUGUGCCAUAUGGCGACCGAGCCGCCGUUAAGAGCCAGAUCAGUGACCUUGAGUCCUUCGACGAGUUUCCGCUUCUCCCUUCUCUCAAGAAGGCCAUCGCGGAUGCUCUUCCUGGCCUGGAGGAUGUUUCUCCUACGCCAGCACAACGAGUGGCCAUCCCGGCACUGCUAGGCGUUGACGACCGCCGUCGCAAAAGGAACCCCGUGGAGAAGAAGGGCAUGGAACAGUUCUUGUUGGCAGCGGAAACUGGCUCUGGGAAGACACUGGCAUAUCUGUUGCCCGUCAUUGACGCCAUCAAGCGCGCGGAGGUCAUAGAGGCGGAGGAAGAAGCGCAAGCAGAAGCAGCAGAAAAAGCAGCGGAUGCACAGGCGAACAAGAGAACCGACAUGUUCAGCUUGAAGUCUCCGCCUCUAUCGACAGACCCCCAUCCCACCAGCGCAAGACCUCGCGCUAUAAUACUCGUACCGACAGCAGAGCUUGUAGUGCAAGUCGGCCAGCUAGCAAAGGCCUUGUCUCACGUCGUCAAGUUCAGGACUGCCCCGAUAUCAGCCGCUAACACCGCAACGGUCAUCCGAAGCCGUCUCUUCUCCCCCAGUGGCGUCGAUGUAGUCAUCAGUACGCCUCAUCUGCUCGGCAGCAUCGCCGAGAGUAACCCAAACAUUCUAAGCCGCGUCACGCAUCUCGUUAUCGACGAGGCUGAUUCCCUUCUGGAUCGCUCGUUCUCACCCACCACAUCCGCUAUAAUCGAUAGAUCUACUCCAUCCCUCCGCCAACUAAUCCUCUGCUCCGCCACAAUCCCCCGCCGCCUAGACUCUUUCCUAGAAAAGCGCUUCCCCGACAUCAAACGCCUCGUAACACCAAACCUCCACGCCAUCCCCCGCCGCGUCCAGCUCGGCGUAGUCGACGUGAAUAAAGAACCCUACCGCGGCAACAAAGACCUCGCCUGCGCCGACACCAUCUGGACCAUUGGCCGCGCCACCGCCGAGCACUCCGACGAAGGCACCGAGCAUGUUGAGCUAAAGCGCAUCAUCGUCUUCGUCAACGAGCGCGAGAAAGCCGUCGAGGUAGCGGACUAUCUCGUCACCAAAGGUAUCGACGCCGUCGCCCUCAACCGCGACACCUCCGGCGAGCGUGCCAGCCGCAUUCUCGCCUCCUUCAAGGGCCUGGCGAAGGGCGAGGAGGCACCGGUUGCGGAGCCCGCGGCGUCAGAUGCGCCGGUCCGGAGGAGGAGGCUGCUUAAUACGAAGGUGAUUGUUACGACGGACUUGGGAUCGAGGGGGAUUGAUACGUUGGCUGUGAGGCAUGUUAUUCUAUAUGAUGUCCCACAUACGACGAUCGAUUUCAUCCAUCGCCUUGGCCGCACGGGACGGAUGGGGAGAAGAGGGCGAGGUAUCGUGCUUGUGGGCCGUGGGGAUCGGACGGACGUGGUUAAAGAGGUUAGGGAAGGCAUGUUCAAAGGGCAAGCUCUGAUUUAG